CAUCCUUCUUCACACAGGAAGACGUGUUUUUGACCUUCUUUUUUGUGACGGACAAGUCAUUUUAGCAUUACUCAUGUUGUAAUAAUACAAGACAUCACCUGCACCAUAAGAUACAUGAAAGCUGUGACCUGAAACUCGGCAUGAAACAGGGACACGAGUUUACUCAUCUUUUCUAUGACCAAUACACCAUGGGAAAUGAAACAACAGACUACACCGACUGGCCACUCACAACAGAAUUUGACUACAGCGAUUCCACGCCUUGCCCUGCAACUGAGGAAAAGCACUUUGCAGCAAAAUUUUUGCCACCUCUUUAUUCUUUGGUGGUGAUAUUUGGCCUGACAGGCAACAUGCUUGUUGUCCUUAUCCUGGUCAAAUACAAGAGACUGAAAAGUAUGACUGACAUCUACCUGCUCAACUUGGCAAUUUCUGAUCUGCUGUUCGUAUUUUCUCUCCCCUUUUGGGCUUAUUACGCAGUUCACGACUGGAUUUUUGGGGAGGCGCUCUGUCGAAUUCUGUCAGGUGUCUACCUCCUUGGCUUCUACAGUGGCAUCUUCUUCAUAAUCCUGCUGACCCUGGACAGGUACCUGGCCAUAGUGCACGCGGUGUUUGCUUUGAAAGCCCGGACAGUUACCUACGGCAUCCUCACUAGUGUCAUCACUUGGGCUGUUGCUGUUCUUAUUUCUGUCCCUGGGGUAGUAUUUCACAAAACUCAGAAGGAAAGUUCAGGCUAUACUUGCAAUGCUCAUUAUCCAUCAGAGCAGAGAAAUGCAUGGAAGCAAUUCCUCACCUUAAAAAUGAACAUCCUGGGACUUCUUAUUCCAAUGUUAAUCAUGAUCUGCAGCUACACACAAAUUAUAAAGACGUUACUGCAAUGUAGGAAUGAGAAGAAACAUAAAGCAGUCAGGCUUAUUUUCAUUAUCAUGAUUAUCUACUUUUUUUUCUGGGCACCAUACAACAUUUGCAUUCUCUUGCGUGAUUUUCAAGGUGCAUUUUCCAUCUCUACUUGUGAAGGAAAUGGUCAACUGCACAAAGCAAUCCAAGUGACGGAAACAAUCUCAAUGAUCCAUUGUUGUAUCAAUCCUGUAAUCUAUGCCUUUGCCGGAGAAAAAUUUAGGAAAUAUCUUCGCAGCUUUUUCCGAAAACAGAUUGCAGUCCACUUGUCUAAAUACUGUCCUAUUUUCUAUGCUGACACAGCUGAACGAGCGAGCUCCACCUACACACAAUCUACUGGAGAACAAGAAGUUUCUGCUGCAUUAUAAGUUGUGUCUAGUGAAAAAAUAAAAUUGACUCUUCUGAGAUCAACUCUAUGAUGAAAGCCUGCUGAAUCUCUCCUGGAUAUUGUCUCUAAGGCAGCUGAAAAAAAAUAAAAAUCACAGAAUACACAUUUACCAAAGUUUGCAUUUGCUCACAGACUUGAGUAUUUGUAAAUAUAUGAAAAAGAUGCAGCAAAUUACCUGACUGGGGGCCUGAGCUAGCAGGCUAAUGGAUUUUCUGAAGUGAACUAGUGGUUAUAAAGUUACACUGGCUCUUUGGAAAUAUCUCGACUUUGUACAUCACACAAGUUACCUCACUCAUUUAAACUCAGUCUCAGUCAUAUUUUUUACUCAUCUGGUUGUCUGUCUCUGUAAAUAAUACUAAAUUA